AUGAAUGUUUUUACUUCCAACAUAUCUCUAAUGGAAACAAUAUUAAGAGGUGAUAUCAUUGCACUCCAGAAAUUACUUAAGUCUGGAGCCAAUGUUAACGUUCUGGAUGAAAAUGGAGAACCUCUGUUAUUUAUGCCAAUCGUUAAUGGUGAUAUGAAUACUCUUAAGGCUCUCCUUCCCUUCGCUGACGUCAAUAUGACAAAUGACGAUGGUAAAACUGCUCUAAUGGUUGCAAUUGAAAUGAACGAUGUGGACAUGGUGAAAAAGUUAAUUCAGUCAGGUGCUGAUGUAAACAUGAAAGACAACUCUGGAAAAACACCCUUGCUGAUAGCUCUGCAUGAUGGUAAUUUCAAAAUUGCAGAAUAUUUGAUCAAACACGGAAGUGACGUCAACGUUGUGGACAACCUUGGUCAAUCUGCCCUCCACCUUGUUGCAACAGGAGAACAUAAUGACUGUACUAAAAUUGUAAAAAUACUUUUUAACUGUGGAUACGUGAUGAAGGAUGCUGAUAACUGGCUUUGUCCUGAAGACCUAAUAUCCAAUCCCAAAUUACAGUCCAAAUACUUCAAAUUGAUGCACAAAGUUAAAACAUCAUUAAAAGCUAUCACAAAAUGUGACAUUAUAAUUCCAGUAGGAUCUUGA